AUGUCUUGUUCCGGAGCAAGUGAUGUUGACGAGUUACCAGAAUUAGGAAUUAAAGGUUCGUCUGUGCGUCCGUAUCAUUAUGAACCAACAGUUCUCCCGGAAAGAGUUAUUUCCGAGUCGGAAAGUGACCCUGAUAGUGACACUGACAGUGACAUCAAGUUGGAUGCAUCGGACGACGAUAUGCCAUUGUCGGGAUUAGAAACAGAAGUAGAUGACAUUAGCUUAUGCAGAUGUUCAGCAAUGCCAACAAGGAGAGAGUGCAAAUGUUGCCGGAAUACUAAUGUUGUGGACAGUAAAGUAGAGGAAGCUGACUUGAAAUGUAUUACAGAGCAUAAAGGAUUUCAAGUAAACUGUCUGAACCAGUAUGUUUUAGAGACAACAUAUUAUGAAUAUGUUCAGGAUAAUGGACCGUUAGAGGACAAUGCCAUGAUUCAUGAGUAA